GAGGUGUAUAUUUUGCAGCUUUUCAAGGGCUGCUUACGAAUUGUUAUUUCGACACAGGGGCAUAGAAAGAUCUUCAUCACCAUCGAUUCGUAAUAUAUAGAAGACCGUGCAUAUGCUGUGCCUGUGAAAAAACCUCGCCGCGCUGAGCAAUGGGACUGGAAGUGAGAAGCGCCGCCUUGUUACUGCAGCUGCUUCCUCUCGUCCUCGGCUACAACGAGACAGUGAGUGCAACUUACGAAGGAGUGCCGUUGAAUUCUCCAGGAUGGGGCGGACGCUACGCAGAGAACACGACCUACGACUACCAUGCGUUUACGCUCUACGAGAACCACACUCUGCUGAUAACGGUGGUCGACUGUGAGAUGGAAAGCGAUAAGAAUGGCGCUUGCCUUUAUGACAAACUUCAGAUAUACGACGGUAUCAACUCCUCCGCGCCACUUAUAGUUGAGUUUUGCUGCUACCCGACAUCCGCGCGACCGUCAUUCAAAACGACCGGAAGUAACGCAUACCUGAUCUUUAAGUCCGAUGCAACAAACAACUUCAGAGGUUUCAAAUUCACCGUGAAAUCUGAUGGCUUGACAACAACGACAUCUACAACAACAACGACCACUACCCCAAUCCCCACAACAACAACAACGGUGACAACAUCAACAACAACAACAACUGCUACCACAACAUUGACAACUCCAUCUACAACAACAACAGCGCCGUCAACGAGCAUGUCCACGUCGCUUCCGGUCGUAUCCACAGCGGCAACCAGCACCGCUGCACCCGCUGGUACUACAACAACGCCUCCCGCAGCCGCCUCCACCAAGCAAGCGGAAGAACAUCCGGACUCUGAGUUCCCAGUGGCCGCCGUGGCGGGCGGCGUCGUUGGUGGUCUGCUGCUGAUCGCCCUCCUGUCGCUCCUGCUCUGCUUCCUCUUCGCAAAGAAGAAGAAGAAGAAACGACCGACCAGCGUGACAAAAUCGUUCGGCAGCAAAAACAUGUUCUUCAGCCGAUCUACAACUGUUGUCAGUCCGGACAGCGGCCUCGGACACGGUGGACCCACAUUACCUCCGCCCGAGACGAACAUAUUUGAUCUUGACCUUCCUGUGGCGGGUGGCAAGGGCAACACGCUGCCUCCGUUGAGACCGCCGAUUGCCACCGCAGAGGCCGGAAGAAUGUCGAGUACGUUUCUUACUCAUGGCAACAUAGGCGAAAUACGAACGCCAUAAUGAAAAAUACUGCUUAAAGAUGAAGGUUUUCUACAUUAUGAUAUGUACAAAAAGCGGUUGUUGUUGUGUUUUUUUUUUAUUAUGCUGACGAUGAAUAUUCAUUAUUUGAGUCUCUGAUACUGGUUACAUGUAAAUAUGUACAUAUCAAUAAUAUAGUCUUCAUUUACUUACACAUAAUCCUCGAGUAAAGUUUUUCAUUUUGAUCUAGUAUUUCAUGUGCAAUUUAAUCUGCUAUUAUCUAAUUAAAAUUCUGACAAUAAUGUAGACAUUUUGAACGUUACUUGUAUCCGUUAUAUAAUCUGUACUUGUUAGCAGAUACAUCUAAAUACACACAAUUUGUAAAACAUUAUAUGGACUAAUUCACAUUUACACUUAUUAUUUUCUUGUAUGUAUAAUGUAUUUAAUUAUAGUUGUUACUUAACACUAAGAUCAUAUAAAGCAGCACACGAAAAGAAAGAAAUUAAAGUAUCUAUCAUCGCAACUGGAAGCUCGAAACUCGAUCUCUGAGCCCUACAUAUAGUGCUGUAACUUCUAGGGCAGACUCCCAUUAGCCGGACUAUAUUCAAAAGUUGAUAUGAUGCGCGUCUUUCAAACAUUUCAAAGAAAACAGACACUUUCCAAAUAUUUGAGUCGCUUCGAGCUGAACCCUAAAAGUUCAGACAUUUCAACGGAUUUGUUUUUAUCAACGAAACGGGUUUCUGUCAGAAUUUCUAUUGUACUAUUUAUUUUUUAUUGUUAAUAAUUUUUUCGCUUUAUUAAGUAUUAGUUACAGUUAGCAUUAAAACAAUUCAGAUGGGGGAUGUGAGAGCAGGUUCCGCUAAUGGUUGUAGAGAUUUUCGAACGUUAUGUUUCGAUCAAACUGAAAAGUGUCUUACAUGUAUAUUAUAUAUUUAUAGUGUGUUAUUACUGAAACGUGAUUUACAUUUAUAUUAUGUAUUUAUAUUGUGUUAUUGCUUGUGUUAUAUAAUACGUCAUUAAACAAUGUAUCAAAAAUGAAA